AUGCAGUCUUUGGCUGAUCCGGCCAAGGCUGCAUGCGCUGGGUCUGGCGAUGGCAAGUCCAAAUGGAUGCGGCUGUCAAGCAAAUGGACAGCUGAAUUUCUUUUGGAUCCUGCAUGCCCAGAGUUACUGAAAGCUUCUCCGCUGCAUGAAGUGCCAGACAGAGUGGACAAUUGCAGAAAUGCGUUCUUUUGGAUGCGGCAGCACUUGCAUGGCACCGGCGUUGCCAAAUGUUUGCGGGACCUGGAGAUAGCCUUGGACAUUUUGACGGCAAUCAACUUGACAGACUUAGAUGCAGCCCCAGACCGUCGCAUUGUCACAGGGUUGCCGCUGCGAAUGCAAGGCGUUAAAUGCGGUCUCACCAACAAUACCAAGCAAGAGUUUCUUCAUGCUGAAGAGCUCAUGGCACUUUUCGUGCAAGUGAGCCAAGCAGGGGUUCACUUGGACAUGGGCACCUGGUUUGAUUUUUUUUUCGUGGCAGUGCACGAAGGCCGUGUGGAUGUUAAUCUUCGCACUGGGGAAUUUCAUGUGGACUUUGGCAAGUCGAACAUCAGCUGCUCCGGCUGA